AUGGCGAGCGUAACUUGUAAGGCCACGCUUCACUCUCAGCGCGUUACCGCACGAAGCGAAAGAGGUUUGACGAAGCGGAAUGUCCGAAAGGCUGUGCGUAGCUUGAGAAGAGAGAAAAUAAACUCCUGCCCUAAAGCUGUAUCCAGCGAUGCGGAAGAGGAUACCACCGCUCGACCCGUUUACCCGUUUGCCGCCAUCAUCGGCCAAGAAGAAAUGAAAUUUGCGGCAAUGAUGAAUAUCAUUGAUCCAAAUAUUGGUGGUAUCAUGGUCAUGGGUGACCGUGGCACUGGAAAGUCAACCACGGUUCGUUCUUUGACUGAUUUACUACCUUACAUCGAGGUCGUGGCGGAUGAUCCGUAUAUGAGUAGUCCGACAGAUCCGAACUUGAUGUCACCCGAUGUUUUAGCAGCUUACAGAGCGAAGCAACCACUCGAGACGGCGUUCGUUCCCAUCAACAUGGUUGACCUUCCACUUGGUGCAACAGAAGACCGCGUCUGCGGUACCAUUGAUAUCGAAAAGGCGCUAACCGAAGGCACAAAGGCAUUUGAACCUGGACUACUCGCUAAGGCUAAUCGAGGAAUCCUCUAUGUUGAUGAGGUCAACUUGCUUGACGAUCACCUUGUCGACGUCUUACUUGACUCUGCUGCUUCGGGCUGGAAUACCGUCGAGCGUGAAGGUAUCAGUAUUUGCCAUCCUGCACGAUUUAUUCUCAUCGGAUCUGGUAACCCUGAAGAAGGCGAACUACGUCCUCAACUCUUGGAUCGCUUUGGUAUGCACGCUCAAAUUAAGACAGUAAAGUUACCAGAGGAGCGCGUCAAGGUGGUUGAAGAGCGCACCGCAUUUGACACUGAUCCGAAGACUUUCCGAGCUCGAUACAAAGAGAAGCAGGAUGAAAUUAUAGAUCGGGUCACUCGCGCUCGCACUUUGUUGCCAGAAGUUGAGGUUCCCAUGGACAUUCGAUUGAAAAUUUCACAAGUUUGUGCUGAACUUGAUGUGGAUGGCCUUCGGGGGGAUCUUGUUACCACUCGCGCGUCUCGGGCCGCCGCCGCGUACAGAGGGUCGAAAGUAGUCACAGAUGAAGAUGUAUACUCUGUUGUGUCGCUUUGCUUGCGCCAUAGGCUCCGCAAGGAUCCAAUGGCGACGAUCGAUGAAGGGUCUCGCGUGAUCGAGGUGUUCUCCUCUGUGUUUGGCUACGAAACGGAGUAG